AUGAGAACCUUCAUUCUUUUUAUUUCCAUCACCCUCGUUCAAUUGGCCUCGGCAGCAUUUUUGGCCAAUGUCAACCUAAAGGAAAAGAGGUUUCAGAAAGAAACAGAUCUCGUCACUUUAUCACCAACCUCUUCAGCAUCAUUAUCAUCAUCAAUGGGAUAUACCAUGUCAACUUCUACGUUAUCUUUUCCUGUUAUCUCUCCAACCUUGAUCGUUGAGAAAGUGGCGGCCAAUGCCAACAGAAACCCAUCUACCAACUACAAGGUCAUCCCCUCUGCCUCAACACUUUAUCCAAAAUCUUACUCUUCUGCCUACAGUUUUACAGUCAGUAGUGAAAAGGCUGUCCAAACAAAAGCGUUUGAUACAAUCAACUUCAACCAAGGUCCAAAGUUAGAUCAAUCAAAACCCGGUGCUGUAUCAUAUACCGUUAGUAGCGUCAAUAUCAAUGUUAAUAAUGACAUCCCAGAAUAUGUUCUUGCGCUUUGA